CUCACCGUCACGCGGACCGGUGGGGGCGGAACUGAGCGGAGGAAGAAGCGGGGCUGCCCGGCCUCGCGUUUCCAUGGCGACGCUGCGGCCUAGUGGUCGGGGUUAAGCGUUUCUGUCCGAGGUCUGGGCAGCGGCGGUCGUUCUAGGCAGGAUGCUCCCCCAGUAUUGCAUCUCUCUGGCCAGCGUGCAGAAGGCUCAGGCCGCCAUCAGUGGCCUAGUCCACCGAACCCCUAUCCUCACCAACUCCACCCUGGACCGUUGGGCAGAGCGGCAGGUCUUCCUUAAGUGCGAACUUUUCCAGAAAACGGGAUCCUUCAAGAUCCGAGGAGCCCUGAAUGCGGUGUCCGGCCUCGCUGAGGGGGGGCAGGAAGGCCUCCAAGCCCGAGCGGCGGUGACCCACAGCAGUGGCAACCAUGGACAAGCGCUGGCCCUCGCUGCUCGAAUGAAAGGAAUUCCCUCGUACGUGGUUGUACCUCGAACAGCCCCAGCCUGCAAGAAGGCCGCCAUGCUGGAGUACGGCGCACACCUCCUGGAGUGUGAACCGACUGACGAGUCUAGAGCGGAAACAGCGUCCAGAGCAGUCGUCGAGACCCAAGGAAUCCUUGUCCAUCCCAACCAGGAUCCUCUUGUGAUUGCGGGCCAAGGCACCAUCGGAUUGGAGAUUUUAGAGCAGGUCCCAGAUGUCCAGGCAGUGGUGGUACCGGUUGGUGGUGGAGGUUUGAUAUCAGGGAUUGCGGUUGCCGUCAAGACACAGCACCCACACGUGAAGAUCUACGCGGCAGAGCCUGAGAAUGCGGAUGACUGCUACCAGUCCAAGAGGAACGGCUGCCUGACGCCCAACGCAUCCCCUCCCGUGACACUGGCUGACGCAGUGAAGACCAGCAUUGGAGCAAACACCUGGCCCAUCAUCAGGGACCUGGUAGAUGAUGUGUUCACCGUCAGCGAGGAGGAAAUCCAGCGGGCCACGCGCCUCAUCUGGGAGCGGGCGAAGCUGGUGAUCGAGCCCACCGCUGGGCUGGGCGUGGCGGCAGUGCUGUCCCGGCGUUUCCGAGACCUCCCCGGCAGUCUCCGCAACGUCUGUGUCGUGCUCUGCGGCGGCAACGUCGACCUGGACUCCCUGGAGUGGCUCCGCGCACCCAGCGUCGCCAGUUGAGAAGGUACCGACCUCUUCGGCGGGAGGACAGGCUGGAGUGCCGACUGCGUCCGUAAGUGGAGCCCGACGCACCGCUGGGCGGGGGCCUCCUCGUUGAAUUUACAGUGAACAAGAAAAUCAGGGGUGAUAAUCGAUACUUGGAUCAAAGAGAUGGGCUAGAACCAAUCAUGGACAAAAUGGCAUUGUGUGUGCAAAUGGGGUGCGCUGGGGCAGAGUCGGGGAGCUGAAUACUCUGAUUAAAAACAGAAGCUCUGAUAACCGGGCACAGCCAGGAUUUACCAGGGCAAAAAAGAUUCUGCAGAUGCUAGAAACAUUGAGCAGGGGGUUCUCAUCAGAGAGCCACAGAGCCCGUCAGUUAAUGUCGUAAAAAGGUCAGAAACUUCUGUUGUAGAAGAACCCAGCAAGUCAGGCAGCAUCUAUGGAGAGAAAUAAACAGUUGAUGCUUUGGGCUGAGGCUCUUCUGUCAGGAUUGUCCUCCUUCCUCACCUUCUUAUUCUGGAAAUUGCCCCUUUCUUUUCCAGUAACACCGAAAGUUAAUUUCCCUCCGUAGACGCUGCCCGACCUGCUGAGUUCUUCCAGCACUUUUUGUGUGUGUUGCUGAGGGAUUUCACAGAUAUUGCUUUUUCCUGAUGGUACGCCGUUAUUCUAGUCAACCAGGGAGAUUUAACUGGGACUGGGGUGCUGAUGAGUGGGGAGGGAUCGCAAGGACCAGCAGCCCAGUGGGUAGAGAUGGAACACGGGGUCCUGGAGGGUGGAGCAGCCUCCCCUGUGGGCAGGAAGACAGGAUGGCAAGCAUCACUUAGUGAGCCAGCGGGAUUUCCAACUCAUCUGAUAGCAGGUUAUCUGAGUCCAACCAAUCGUGAUUAGGUUACGUCAGGACCAGGCCCCAGACCUUGUCUUACACAUUGCUGACUUUAUUGAAAGGCACAAUCGUGAGCUGAACUUUGCUGAGAUAACGCUCAAUAAUGCUUAAUUGUACGUUUGCUGAUUGCUAAUAAAGGAUCGGAAUAGGGAAUUCAACUCUUUGGAUCAAUCAUUGGACCGGUGUGUGUGUCAUGUGAGUAUAACAGUGCAAUUAUUUUGAUCUUGGAUCAGUUCUUUGCCGCUACAAAUCAGACCAACGAACUGAACUCGAGGGCCUAAAUGAGGGGGAGACUGCCCUCGCCACCAGGACAAUGUCUGAUGAAAGCGCGGCAGCCAGGAGCCUGGAUAAAACAGAAUUCAGUCAGUGGACGUCCAGGAGAAACUCCCUCCCACCGUCCGGAGUCAUAACAGUUUGUUGUGUUUGCAUGAGGGUCAGUGUCAGAGCCCCAGGAGAUACUUGGGGCAGCAUCCUUGGCCCAGCCAUCUUCAGCUACCUCAUCGAUGACCUUCGUCCUGUCUUGUCAGUAUAUUCAAUUUAUUUAUUUAGAGACAUAUCACGGGGUAGGCCCCACCAGCCCUUCAGGCUCCACCCACACAGCAGCCCACCUAUUUAACACCAGCCUAAUGACAGGACAAUUUACAAUGACCAGUCGACCCACUGACCGGUGCAUCUUCGGACUCUGGGCGGGAACUGGAUCACCCAGAGGAGACCCCCCACAAUAGGCAAUCUCAUUCACGUAACAGGUCCCCCUCACAAGUCCUGACGAAGGGUCUCAGCCCGAAACGUCGACAGGGCUUCUCCCUAUAGAUGCUGCCUGGCCUGCUGCGUCCCACGAGCAUUUUGUGUGUGUUGUUGUCCCCCUCACAAAUUUGCAGUUAUGUUCGCAUAACAGAGCUCGCUGACACAACUUAUUUCAAUCACUGAAACAAACUCAAAGCAAGCUGGACUCGGUAAAUGCUUUAUUCCAUUCAGUGGUACCAGUGCGUGGAACACUGACCAAUUUGCCUUUGGUCGUGGGAAUAACAAUUCAAAAAAUAAUCUAGAAGACAAUUUCAUUUCAUAUCUUUAUGAGGUUCAGCACGACAUCUAAAACUUUGACAAACUUCUAUAGAUAUCAAGUGGAGCGUAUAUUGACUGGCUGUAUCACAGCCUGGUAUGGGAACACCCCUGAAUGAAAAAUACUACCAAAGGUAGUGGAUUCGGCCCAGUACAUCGCGGGUAAAGCCUUCCCAGCCAUUGAGCAAUUCAGCAUGAAAUGCUGUCGCAGGAAAGCAGCAUCCAUCAUCAGAGAUCCCCACCGCCCGGGCCAUGCUCUCUUUUCGCUGCUGCCAUCAGGUAGAAAGUACAGGAGCCUCAGGACUUGCACCACCAGGUUCAGGAACAGUUACCACCCCUCAACCAUCAGGCUCCUGAACAAAAGGGGGUAACUACACUCAUUCUACUUCUGGUGUUCCCACAACCAAUGGUCUCACUUUAAGGACUCUAUCUCACGUUCUCAUUAUUUAUUGCUAUUUAUUUAUAUUUGCAUUUGCACAGGUUGUUGUCUUCUGCCCUCUGGCUGACCUUUCACUGAUCCUGUUUACAGUUACUAUUCUAUAGAUUUGCUGAGUAUGCCCGCGGGGAAUUGAAACUCAGGGUUGUAUAUAGUGGCAUGUAUAUACUUUGAUAAUAAAAUUUACUUUGAAAAGUGUAAGUUAAGUGCAAACACUUAAUUCUGACCAUGACUACAAGACCAUUCAGCCCCUUUACUCUGUUC